UGCCAAACUCUGUGUUUUGUUCCUCAUUAUCUCGACUUUAUCCACUACUGAUCUCGCCAACGUUCUACAAUCUCUCCCAAAGCUUUCUACCCUCGAGGUCCACGUCAAAAAUGGGGUUUUAGUAGGCAAUAACCAAAAUGUAAUUCACUCAAGAUUGUCACACUUGAAGAACUUUUCUACUUGUUCAUUUGUCGCCUCACAAACUCUCGGACCCCUAGUCGAUGCACCUGGACUGAUUCAUCUUACUCUUGAAGAACAAGUCGGGCCCAAGACGGUGGUGCAACCUGAUUUAUGGGAAUCGUGUGUUUCUCAUUGCAAGUUGGAUAAAAGAAUAAGCCGCCUGACAUUGGCUGGAAAUACCUUCGAAAACGGAGAUGCCCAGAUGUUAUCCAAGAUUUCUGCGUGGACAGGAGUGCAGCAUCUCAACCUGAGAGGUACGAAUCAGAGUCCAUUAUUGACGGCUAUGACGAUGGAUAAAGACGUCCUACCCAAUGUGACAUAUCUCAGUCUUGAGGGAACAGAUAUUACUGGGACUAUAAUCCAAAACUUGGUUAAUUCAAGAAGUCACGACGUCGAGAAGGAAACGAAAGUGGGCAGAAUACAAACCCUUGUUCUGAGUGAUUGCAUAGGAAUUGAUCGAGCAUUUUGCGAGGAUAUAGUGCAGAGAGUUGAUAAACUGGCUGUACACUACUAG